UGAGCACAGAAUUUACUUUAGUGCAGAAUUACCUCCCUUAGAAAAAAGAACAAGUGCUGCAAUAAUUUUUCAAAAUUAAAUAUUAGAUCUUCUACAAUGUUGAAAAUCAUUUGAUAAUAUUGCAUGUACAAUGGAGAGGACUUCAGUAAAUCUAGAGACGUUGAAGGAUGUACCAGGAUAUAGGGUUAUCUUGAAAACUGUACUGCAAAGCCAGAUUCAGCAGCUGGUUGAACAGCUAUCUAAGCACACAGAGGAAGAAGCUGUGUUUCUGACAGCAAGUUUGGGAGAUGGUACCAUAUCUCACAUUGGUUCCGGAGUGGGCAAGGAAUUUCUGCAAGAAAAUGAUGAAGUUAAAUCAAAAUUUCUAGCCUUCUGUCUAAAAAGGCAUCAUGAAAUUUCAACCAACAAGCAGUCAAAGCUGCCAAAGUCUCAAGAUCAAGGUCCAGUGCCUUUAAAAAUUACAGGAAGUUCUAUAGGUUCAAGCCACAGACAUUCUCCGUACUCCACUAGUUUCUCAAAACGACGAAACAGCCAGAGACAGCCUCCGAAGACACCAUCAGACCAGUCCCAUAAUGAUUUAAAUGAAACUGUAAUUAAAGAAAAUGAUAGAAAAAUUCUGGAGUCUGUGAGCAUUGAACUAGCACAGGAUUAUGAAAAUGAGAAUGUGGAUGAAUAUGAUGUCACAGACAAUGAAGGGCUUUCUGACGACUUGGAAGAAUCUGAUCAGAAAUCAAAUAAAAUCAUCAUAAAAAAUGUAACAGGUCAUUAUGAACCCAACACACAUGCAGACACCAUGGGUAACAAUAAUUUGGAUGCAUUUAUUCCUACCUCAAAUGUGAAAGAUGAACAUGUUCAUACAUCAGAAUCUAGUGCACAAAUAAACGCAGGUAGUGGAUUGCAGUUUGGAGUCUGUAAAGAUAUAAGCUCAGGUGUAGGCCCAGCAGGUCCAAGUGCCAGCGCAGCCACUGGUGUAUACACAGAUUUGCAAGGUAAUGACAUGAUUGACCUGCAAGAAGAAAUCGUGGAAGAAACACAUGUAUUGACAGAACCACCAAAGAAGACUUUCCAUUUUUCGAGUGAGCUUCAGCGAAAACCAUCACGAUAUACUAGCAAAGAUGGCCACUACAAUUGCGAUGAAUGUGAUUUCUCGUCAAAGUUUACUCAUAACCUAAGAAAACAUUUAUGGCAGAUACAUCAACGCAAGGAAUUUGAACCUUUAAAUACAGCUCCAAGAUUCACAAAAAGGAAAGGGUUAUACCACUGUGAAUAUUGUUCGUUCAAAACCAAAUUCUCCCCGAGCUUGAAUCAGCAUAUAAAUGUACUACACAAAAAGUUUACAUACAAAUGUGGUAUAUGCGACAAAUCCUACAACAGUUCUUUCAAUCUAAAGGAACAUAUCAGAUGUGUUCAUGAAAACAAGAAAAUAGUUUGUGAAUUCUGUAGUAAACUUUUUAAUGCAAGGAGUACACUUUACAACCACUUAAAAAAAACACAUGGUACAUCAAGAUCAAAUCAAGUGAAAAAGCGCUAGUGAUUUUAAAUUUAUUCUUGUAAUGAUUCUGCAUAUAGUGAAACUUCAAAACGCCCUCUAGAUAUAUUUGAAAGUGUAUUUCAGUAUGGCAGUUAUUUUUCAGAGGUGCACAUUUUUACCAAGUACAAGAAAUUUCAAUUUGUAAAAUAUCAAAUUCACUUGCAACUUUGUUUAACAGUUUUUGAUAGAAAUAUCAUAUACAUAUAUACUUAAAUACUUGGUUACCAGUAUUUUUUUGCUGACAUUUCACAGUCACAAGAAAUUGGAUUGUGUAUCAAAAAAUGUAGAUGAAACAUCUCUUUCUGAUUCAAUCUGCAAACCAGCUUAUAAAGUGCGUGCUUUUUGUAAAAGCAAAAGCACUGUUAUUGAAUGUGCAUAUCCAGCCUGUAGAAACUUAAAGUUGAAGAAAUGAAAACCAUUGCCCUUUCCGCUAGAGUUUUUGCUUGGGUCCAAGUGACUUGUAAUUUUCAAAUUGUACUUGCAUUUUUCAAGUUUGAAAGCUUAAACUUGAACCCUGCGUAUUUGUCAUAUUGCCCAUACAUUUAGAUGUAAUUUAUAUUACAAACAUAUCCUUUCUGCACCUGUAACAUAAUAAAACACAUUAGCAUCUGAUGGCCCUUUCACACUUCCAUAGACGCAAUAUUUAUUACACGAAAUGUAUUUUGAUAAUAUUUCUGAGAUGUCUAGGUCUGCAGCUCUCAAAUACAGAAUUAUCGUAAACAUCUGAGGCAUAUACUAACACUUUCAGACAUUUACAUCAAAAAGGAUCUUUGAGUGAUUUGACAAAGUUCUAUAAAUCUGUAUGUACCCUUGCUCCGUUAUGGACCCCUACGGGAUUUGUGUUUAUUCUGAGUUCAAAUAUAUUUUUGUUGAUGGAAAUCCGACACAUCAUGCUAAAACCCAGGUAUUUUCAAAUUGUUAGAAAAUGCUGAAGAGUAACUUCCCAUUAGCAAAAAGAAAAAAAAGAUGUCCAUGCAUACUAGUAUACAUUUUGAUGGUGUGACCCUUAUACGUGAUCCCAGACUACCAACCAAUGCAUAGGAAACUUUCAUUUUCAAGUUUAGCAUCUACUUUCAUACUUUCUUUUUCUUAACUAAAUAGCUGAAGGUUGAGUGACAUCAUUUUCCAUUUUGUCAAAAUAUACGUAUGUCUGGUGAGAUUGCAUAAAAAUGUGCCCGGUGUUCUAAGGAUAUUGAAAUAUCAGUAGAACACAUUCUUUCUUUACCUCUACCAAUUUUUUAAUAAGUCUCAAAAAUACAGAAUGUUUUAUUUUGUUAACUCUCUAGAGACAACAUUUUUUUAUGUGAUCUUCAUGAAAAUAUGUAAUAAUAAAAUCUGGAUCAGGCUUGCAGCUGGGCCAUAUUGGACUUAAAACUAUGUUACUUAAUACUAUGUUAAAUAUUGUAAAGGCCUUAUUUUCUACCUGAUAUUCUUUUAAUUUUGACAUCUAAGCCAAAUUAGAACUAUGUCACCGGAGAUGAAAAACUAGAGUCCGAUUGGAGAAAACACUUUGUAAAUACUCCAGAGGGCACAUUUUAUACUUGAUUUUCGUGAAAAUUCAAAAACGUGUUAAUUAGAUAAAUGUCACAGAAAACUGUGUUAACACUCCAAAGGCUCAUUGUGUACCAGUGUUUUCAUGAAUUUUUUUUACAGAAUUGUAUUCUUUAUAAGAUUUAGGUCAAACUCGAAACUGGGUGAUCUGUGGGUCAGAACUUAAAACCAAGUGAGCAAUUAUAGGGUCUUUGUUGCUCUCUUGUUAAGGUUGGUUUGAAGUUGUAAAAAACUGCAUUACUUCAAUUUUGUUGCUUUUAUAAUAUGUAACUUACAACAUUAUAACUUUUCUAAACAAUUAUUUUUUUGUGACAAAUUUCAUUAAUGCUUUUCUGUUAUAACAUCUGCAGAAUUCUGAGGAAUUGGUUUGUGCCUGAGCCCAGUAGGGCGAAGCUGGGUAAUAUCAUUUCCCGAGGGAUUCUGGUGAUGUUAUAACAGGAAAUGAACAUGCACUAACGCAGUUCUAGCAUAAAACUAAAAACUAAUAAUAUUGUCCCUCAACGCUCUUUGUUAUUAUACCACGAAGUUCUUUGGGGGAGGGGAUUGUAUACAGGAGUGAGCUUGGCGGUUGGACCGUUGGUAUUCAUGGUUUCCGGAUGAUAAUUUAUGAAAGGCUGCACGGAUUUAAAUAAUGUUUGAUGCACAGGAGUAACACCAGAAAACACAGGUCAAGUUUGAAUUUGGGGUCAGUAGGUCAAGGUCACAUUGACCCUGAACAGUUAAACAUUUUCGGGAUGAUAACUUGAGAACGCUUGGGCCUAGGAUCAUAAAUUUUGGUACACAGGUGUAACAUCAUGAAAUACAGGUCAAGUUCUACUCUGAGGUCAGUAGGUCAAGGUCACAGUGACUUGGAACAGUUGAAUGGUUUCCAGAUGAUAACUUGAAAAUGCUUGGGCCUAGGAUCAUAAAUUUUGGUACACAUAUGGAACAUCAUGAAAUAGUCAGGUCAAGUUUUACUUUGAGGUCAGUAGGUCAGAGGUCAAGGUCACAGUGACUGGGAACAGUUUAACAGUUUCCAGGUGGUAACUUGAGAAUGCUUGGGCCUAGGAUCGUGAAAAUUGAUAGGGAGGUUGGUUAUAACCAGCAGAUGACCCCAAAUAAUUUUGAGGUCAGUAGAUCACAGGUCAAGGUCACAGUGACCCGGAACAUUUAAAUAGUUUUCGGACAAUAACUUCAGAAAGCUUGGGACUAGGAGUAGGAAACUUAAUCGGGAGUUUGGUCAUGUCAAGCAGAUGACCCAUAUUGAUUUUGAGUUCCAAAGGUCAAAGGUCAUUUAAACCUUUUACAGACAAUAACUUGAGAACGCUUGAGCCGAGGAUCAUGAAACUUCAUAGGGAGGUUGAUCACGACUAGCAGAUGACUUUAUUGAUUUUGAGGUCAAAGGUCAAGCAAGUUUGGCAUUGGCUUAGUUCUGUGACAAGGCCAUAAUUGUGGGGGUAUAAUUCGUCACUCCUGUGACAACUCUAGUUUUAUUAGAAGUAAUUUCCUUUUGGAUUAUCUGUUUUGGCGCCAUAAUAGUCGUUUAUACUUUACAUUUAUAAAAAGGUGCUUUAAUAUUAGCACGUGAGUAGGAGAAUAUCUCUAUUAACACAAUUUUUCUAUCCUGUAAAACGCAAAAAAAAAAGAACAGCAGUUUUAUGCUAGAAUGUAAUACAGAAGAUAUUGUUAAAGGUUUUGAGUUUCUUUCAUUGGUACAUUGUUGUAUUCUUUGCACACAAACUGUUUUUAUUUGUAUAUAGAGUAUUAAUAUUAAUAUAGUUUUUAAAAAAAAUAUUUAUAUUGUAGAUUAUACUUAAUCGCUUUUGGUUUUGUUUGUUUUGGGUUUAACGCCAUUUUUCAACAGUAUUUCAGUCAUGUAAUGGCGGGCAGUUAACCUAACCAGUUUUCCUGGAUUCUGUACCAGUACAAACCUGUUCUCUGCAAGUAAUUGCCAACUUCCCCACAUGAAUCAGAAAAGACCUGAACUUCUCUGCUUGAAGCAGGACCUUUGCAUGUCUCCUGUCUUGUAACGGCUGUGUGCCUGUUUGCUUCUCCAUGAAGGAGAUUGAUGUAGACUUUGUAGCACCUGUCAUGAUCCGCAAUGCUUGGUUCUGAACCUUGUCUAAAGCCUGUUGGUUAGUUUUGGCAGUAGUGGACCAGGCAGUUGAGCUAUGCUCUAAAUGAGGUCUCUGUUCCCUGAUAUACUGUCUUGAGUAUUUACUCAUUUGCUCCCCAUGUUGUUCCAGCAAGUUUGCACAUCAUGGCAAGUUUCCUUAAUAGUUAUGAUUUAUAUACAUUGUUAUUAUGUUGCCCUAUUACUUAGAAGAUGUGGUAUUGGCAUGCAGCAUUUUUUUGUGAAAAAUGUGCCUAGGUGGGGGAUGUUGGUAACUCCAUUACAAGUUCAUGUUAAAUUGUCAAACCUUGCCUUAAUCUCAUGUCAGGAUAUAUUUGAAAAUCAUCAUGUAAUUAAAAUGUAUCUCAAGAUGGAA